AUGACUUCCCCUUCUGCGACAGCAGUUCCUUCGGCCGCCUCUGCGGCUGCCAGCCUGAGCGCAACAGAGGGCAAUGCGACCACGACACCCCAAGUGCCCAAAAAGACGAAGCUUCAUGGCAGGGCUUUCUACGAGAGCAUCGGUAGCCCGAAGUACAUCGUUGCUCCUAUGGUGGACCAGUCUGAGUUUGUCUGGCGCAUGCUGACCCGAUCCUUCCUGCCCACCGAAGAGCAACAUAAGCUCCUUUGCUAUACGCCCAUGUUCCACGCGCGACUGUUCACCGAAGCACCAAAAUACCGCGACUCCCAUUACCAACCGAUCCGCGGCCCUCUCACCGAAAACAGCCCGCGCCCGGGCUCGCCCGAUUACGUUCCCUUCCUCGACGGUAAUCCCUCGAUCGACCGUUCCCUCUUCGUCCAGUUCUGCGCCAACGACCCGUCCUACCUGCUCUCCGCCGCGAAGCUCGUAGCUCCCUAUUGCGAUGCCGUCGACCUAAACCUCGGCUGCCCACAGGGUAUCGCCAAGCGCGGCCAAUACGGCUCCUUCCUGCAAGAGAACCAGGAGCUCAUCUUCGAGCUGAUCAACACCCUGCACAAGGAACUCGACAUCCCCGUGACGGCCAAGAUCCGCAUCCUCGAGACCAAGGAGGCCACCCUCAAGUACGCCCAGAACGUGCUGCGCGCCGGCGCCAGCAUCCUCACGGUGCAUGGCCGACGAAGGGAGCAAAAGGGCCACCAGACGGGUUUGGCUAACUGGGAGUACAUUCGCUACCUGCGCGAGAACCUGCCCAAGGAGACGGUCAUUUUCGCGAAUGGAAACAUUCUCCAAUAUUCCGACCUAGAGAAGUGCUUAGAGGCCACGGGCGCCGACGGCGUCAUGAGCGCUGAAGGCAACCUCAGUGACCCGGGUCUCUUUGCGAAGCCCCCCGCCGUGGGCGAGGAAGGGAGGGAGUACUGGCGCAGCAAGGAUGGCAGCCGGGGCGGCUGGCGCGUCGACGCCGUGCUGAGGCGGUACCUGGAUAUCAUCUACAAGUACGUCCUGGAGCAGGAGCCGCCGGUACGGAGACCGCUGUUCAUGCCAGCGGCGAACCACCAAGAAAAAAACACAAGUCCGCCAAUGGCACCGCUUCAACUCCCUCCACAACCACCAUCACUUCCGCCACAUCCACGGACACCACAAACCCCCCACCUCCACCCGAAAACCCUCCAAACUUCUCCCAACCUCGUCUCCAUGCAACCCCACUGUUUCCACCUCCUCCGACACUUCGUCACCACGCACACCGACGUCCGCGACAUGCUCGCCCGCGCCCGUAACGGCGCUGAUAUACUCAAAUACGAAGCCAUCCUCGCGCAAGUCGAGCGCAAGGUCGCCCAGGGACUUCUCGAGUACGAACGCACCGGCGGGGCAUCAUUCGACAUUGAUGAACUGGAGAAGCUGAUGAAGGAGACGAAAGAACCCCAAAACGACCCGGAGUCUUCGGCGAAAGCCAGGCGAGAGAAUAAGAGGCCUUGGUGGGUGGUUCAGCCCAUCAUCCGCCCGCUGCCCAAGGAGGCGUUGGCCAAGGGGGCGUUGCAGUUGAGCAAGAAGGAGUUGAAGGCGCAGGCGGCGGCUGCUGCUGACAAGUUGAAGACCGGGGCUGCUGGAGCCGCUGUUGCAGCUGUGGGUGCGGCUGUGGCUUCGGUUUUUGGCGCUGGUGCUACUGAGGCGAAGAAAGACGAGGAGGAGAAGAAGACGGUUGAAGAGGCCGCGCCGGCUCCUGUUCAGGGAGAGAAUGGCGCAGAGACGGCGGUCGAAUCGUUGGAGACUACGACGAGUUAUCCCAAGAGUGAGUUGGUUAGUGGUUAG